AUGGAAAUCUUUUCUGAAGAAGAAAUUGAAUUCGAUAUCGAACAAAUAUCCAACCCUAAUGAAAAUAUUAUAGAAAUCGUUGAUGACAUUGAAGAAAUUGAAGAUAUUGGAGAAACUGAAAAUAUUGAAGAAACCAUUGCUUAUUUUACAACACAUCUAGCUGUUAAAGCUGACAAUAUAUAUUACUCUACUGUUUCGGUUGAAUAUCCUUCAACUAGCCCGCAAAAUGACAAAGGACCCUCGAGUUUUGCUACUAUAUAUAAUGUGCUUAAUCUUGAAGAUUAUAAUAAUGGUAGUAAUCAAGUACUAAAUACGGCUCAAAUUCAAGAAGAUCUAAAAAAAAAGCACAUACU